UGCAUCAGUGGGCAAGGGAAGAGCCACUGAUAUCAUCUAUAUGGUCUUCAAUGAGACCUUUGUUACAGUCUUCCCCGUGACAUCCUUCUCUCCAAACAGAAAAGAUACGCAUUUGAUAGGCAGACUGUUCAGUGGAUGUGAAGCUGAUUGCAAGGCUGUGCUCAGGGAGUGGUGGUCAGUGGUUCAAUGUCCAAAUGGAGAUCAGUGCUGAGUGGUGUCCCUCAGGGGUCAGUGCUGGGGCUGAUGUUCUUUAAUUGGUCAUCAGUGGCAUUAUCAGCAGGAUUAAGUGCACUCCCAGUAAGUUUGCAGAUUAUACCAAGCUGUGUGGUGAUGCUGACACAGGUGAGGAAUGGGAUGCCGUCCAAAGAGUUGGACUAGAUCACUUUCAAGGGUCCUUUCCUACUCAAAUGCUUCUAUGGUUAUUGCUGCCAAGAAGUGUGAGCUCCCUUCUCCUUGCCACACAUGGCUCACCUGCCUCAAUUCUUCUUUCACAUCAUAUGUUUUUCAGUGUUUUCAAGGAAAUCUUUGACCUUCAUGAACACGACUGAGGUCUUCUGUAUCUUGAUGUCCCUGAACUGCACAACCUUACGCUGCUUGGGUUGGCAGAAACGCAGCAAAACAACAGGUCACUUCUCUGCUGUAUUUGUAUCCCCUGGGAGAUGUUUGCACUGCAUCAGCGUAGGCUUCCAGUUCAAGUGACAUAGGAAAGGUUUCUUGAGGGUCCAGUGGGUAGCAAAGCUGAGGAAGAAAGGAAAUGAACCACAAAUGACUUAAACUAAAGCUCCUCCUGAAAAGGUACAGCUGCUGCAGAAAAUGGAAGCUGUUAUGAUAUUUUUAACAUGUUGAUGAUGAAAUGGUUAAGUCCACUGUUCAAAAUACUGGGACCACUUUUCUGAAUUACUGGCAUCUGGGAAGUGGUUAGCUUACAUACAUGUAUAGUCUUAGGCUACAUCCUCACCCUCCUUCUCCCUUCUCAGAAUUACCACUCUACGUGCACAGAUACCAGUGACCAGCAGUGACUGCAAGCCUUUCCUUCCUGAGAAAGCACCGCAACAUUUAUCAAUGUAUGCAUUAGUCAUCAAAACCACCACUACUACUAUACAGGCCAUUAAAAAACCCUGGGAUUACAGCAUCUCUGUCAAGUUCUCCUUUCUAGGUGCAUCCUAUCUAUUUCACUUUUCCUACCCAAAGUAGAAACUUGUCACAGCUUUGGGGCCAGGUAGGCAAAUGUGCGUGUUCUGAUGUGAUGCAGCAGGGACUCACCCAACUGCCUGACAUUCUGGGGAAAACCCAGGCACAUCAACUCCUGUGACUGAGCAAAAUCUGGGCUUUGCUAUGAAAAUCUGUGUUUGAACAUGAAUCAUGGGAAUGAGUCUGAGAUGGAACUUCAGUCAUUUAAUGAAAGUGGAAGCUGUUCCUGGACUCUCUGGGAUUCCAAUGCGAAGGGAAAUAAAGUUCUCAUUCACUCGUUUUUGACACUGGUCUCUUGAAAAAACGUCUUAGCAAGAUUUUUGCACCUGUGUCAGAGGAAAAUAAGAUUUCAAGGGAAAGAAGAGGGGCUUCUGUAUUUGAGUGGAAGACUCAAAUUUUACUAUAUAAAACACAGAUGUGAUUUGAAAGCUCUCAACUACAAUGUUAUCACAUACCCACAUUGUCUUUCUACUGCCUUCUGCCUUCCUCCUCUCUUUGUUCCUGGCCACAUAUUCCUUUCCCCUAUUGCUCCCUGGCUGGUGACUUUGCCUCAUUUGGAGCAGCCCCAGCCCUAGCAUAACCUGAGAGUGCAGGGCACUGCUGUGGGCACCACUUUGCAGCGCCAGCUGAAAGCGAUCCUCCUGUGUCAGAGCAGGAGCUGCUGGUAUUGUGGGAUCCUAUGGUGCCUAAAUGCUGCCAUGGGGCUAAAUAGGAGGAGCCCUGGAUCUUGGCUCAUCCAAGUGGAGAUUUGAUCCUUGUGCCAUAGAACGAUCUGAAUGUAACGUACAGGGUGUGUGUGCAUGCAAGGGAAGCAGUUGUGCCAAGUUUCCCCCCACCAAUGUCAGACAUCCAUCAGUGUUUCACUCCCACUCUGCUGAUAAGUAGCAAACUGCCACAAAAUGUACGCAUCAGCAUUUAGCCACGAAUUUGCAAAUGCAUAGGGAUGGUUUCCCUUCUGCUGCUACUACUGUACCAGUAACUUUUUGCAUUUCCUGGAUGUUUUUUUAGCACAGGGAAGUGCUUGAUUUGAAGGUUAUAAGUGGAAAUAUAUUGCAGAGUUCAUUAUUAUUUUCCACUGUACAGUGCUUUUUUUGCUGAUGUAAGAGAGAGCAAAAAAUAGUGUGGGGAAUUAUAGCCCCAAAUAUGUAAAUAUCUGACUGCAAUAAAAAACCCCUUGCAUGGGGUUUGCGCUCAGAUGUAUUUUGGGUUCUCUUCGUGGUUGAAGAGUAAACAAUGAGGGGAAUGAAUGUUGAUGGCAUUUAUGCAGACCCAGCUAAUGAGAAAGGACUGGGAGAGGUAGAGAUAAUGUGAGAAAUUCAAAUCCACCCUUCAUCCCAAUAGCUUACUUUUAUCAAUAAUGCUGCAUGUUGGGCUUCUGAUCCGGCUGCGGUGAGUGGCCGAGAAAUGAUGUCACCUCUUUACGGUCCAUUUGUCAUGUGUGACUGCUGCAGUCUGCCUCUUGCUGCUUGUGUCAGAGCGUGACACUGCCAAAUAAAUAGAGGUGUCUUCCCUCCGGGCUCCCCACAUCGUCCCUGAGGCUGCAGCCACUGUGAGGAUGCGAGCACUGGCGUGGGGUUGGACAGGAGCUGCUGCACUCCCAUGGAUGGUGCUGCUGCUGGUGUUGGUGGUGAUGUCAGUGUCCCAAGCAGCCAUCCUGGAAGUAAACGGAAACCUGAGCUGUAGGUGUGUAAAGACAACUUCAGACUACAUCAGCCCUAAGAGAUAUGACAGCAUUGAAUUAAGGCCCGUGGGAAGCACUUGCAGGCGCACAGAAAUCAUCAUUAAAUUGAAAUCCUCAGCGAAAGUGUGUGUGAACCCUGAUGCCCCUUGGGUAAAGAAACUGCUGAAGCGCGUUGCCGGCAUGAAGAAAAGAUAAGCUUCCUGCUAAGGAAGUUGGUGUUCGGAAGGCAUGGUGUGUUCUGUCUUGAGACCUCAAGUCAAAUAAAAUUUGGGUUUUUCUUCC